GACCAAUGGAGAGGAGCGCGAGAUGCGCGCGGUUCGCGCUGAGGCGGUCGGAGAAGGGCGUCGGAGGGAGCUCUUCCACUUCACCGUCUGCUGCCUCAACAUCACGACGUGCCAUUCAUUUUAUUACUUAGUUCACGUUCUCACACGGUUGUUUUCGUUAGUUCGUGUUCCCCCCCUAAAACUACCAGUGAGACCCGGUCGGGUGUCGAACAGCAACGAGAAGUGAGUGCGGGGAGAAAGAAAUGCGGGAAGUCUGACAGACUGAGACUGAGUGAGAGGACUACAGCCACGUUUGAAACUUUGAGGAAAAAUAACCUCUGCUUAAACAACGGACAGUGAGUAAUAAAGAGAAAAAGUGAGAGCUGGGAAAGCGGAAAUUCUGUUGUUGAGAGCUGAACCAGGAGCACCGCUGAACGAAAAGCGAGGCUGAUCGGACCCGAGUCUGUGUCAGUCAGUGUGUCUGCCGUCAUGGUCCGCUGACUCCCUCCCUCCGUCCGUCCGUCUCCUGUGUCAAUCAAUGUGAGGAUGGUGACCCGUCGCCAGGUGUUUCGAACCCGGUUCAGGCUCUGCUUCGGACUGCUGUGCUUCCUGCAGGCGCGCGGCUCCCUUGCCGAUACAGUGGCAAUAUGCACUGGCACCCAGAAUUCCCUGAGCACGAGCGGUGGCUCCGAGGAGCAGUAUAACAUCACUAAGAAGCUUUACAGUGGCUGCGAGAUUGUCAUGGGCAACCUGGAGAUCACCCAUAUGGAACAGAGCCGUGACUUCUCUUUCCUGCAGUCCAUCCGGGAAGUCACUGGCUAUAUCCUCAUCGCCAUCAACGAGUUCUCCUACUUGCCCCUUGAGCAGCUGAGGGUGAUCCGGGGCACCAACCUUUACGAGGGCCGCUUUGCCCUGGCCAUAUUUGUCAACUACAAAAUGGAUGGUCCACAGGGCCUCCAGGAACUGGGCUUCACACACCUCACUGAGAUCCUCAGGGGGGGAGUCCAGAUCAUACGCAACAAGUACCUGAAAUAUGCUCCCAGGGUGAACUGGGCCGACAUUGUGCAAGACAGUUCCGCUGAUAUUAUAAUUGAGGAGAACGGCAUUGAUGUGAAGUGUGAUCCAGCCUGUCAGGGACACUGCUGGGGUCCUGGGAAAGAUAAAUGCCAAACCUUGACAAAGACGAUAUGCGCUCCGCAGUGCAAUGGGCGCUGCUUCGGGACGCAGCCCAGCGAUUGUUGCCAUGUGGAAUGUGCAGGGGGCUGCACUGGACCUCACAAUACUGACUGCUUUGCUUGCAGUCAAUUCAAUGACUCUGGUGCUUGUGUCCUGCAUUGUCCUGAGACACUCAUCUACAACAAGCACACCUUCCAGCUGGAGCCAAACCCUAAUGCCAAGUAUCAAUAUGGCUCCAUUUGCGUGUCUCAGUGUCCCACAAACUUUGUGGUGGAUGGGAGCUCUUGUGUGAGCAGCUGCCCCUCUGACAAGAAGGAGGUUGAGAAGAAUGGGGUGAAGAAGUGUGAGCCAUGUGAAGGCCUGUGCCCCAAAGCUUGCAAGGGAACUGGCUCCAGCAACAGACAGACUGUUAACUCUGAAAACAUAGACAGCUUCAUCAACUGCACCAAGAUCCAGGGCAGCCUACACUUCCUCACCACAGGGAUCACAGGCGAUCCCUAUCACAACAUCUCAGCUCUUGAUCCUGAAAAGUUGAAUGUCUUCCGCACUGUUCAGGAAAUUACAGAAAUCCUGAGUAUCCAGUCAUGGCCCAAAGAGUUCACUGACCUCUCUGUGUUCUCCAACCUUACCACCAUACAAGGAAGAUCUCUGUACAAAGGAGUCAGUUCUAAAAGGGGCUUUUCACUGUUGGUCACGAAGCUUCCCUUCAUUACUUCUCUGGGCCUGCGCUCUCUGCGCAACAUCAACGAUGGCAGUGUCUACAUCAGUAAUAACAAGAGGCUCUGCUACCACUACACUGUGAAUUGGACCCAGCUGUUUACUGGCACAAGUUCACGACAGCAGGACAUAAGUGAUAUCAAGAAGAACCGGCCAGAGAGCAAGUGCAUUGCUGAAGGACGCGUGUGUGAUCCACUGUGCUCUACCUCCGGGUGCUGGGGCCCAGGGCCCGACCAAUGUCUGUCCUGUAGGAACUAUAGCCGAGGAGGAACCUGCGUUGCCCAGUGCAACUUCAUCACGGGGGAACCACGAGAGUUUGCAGGGCCGGAGCGUGAGUGUAUGGCUUGUCACUCAGAGUGCCAGGUCUUUGAUGGAAUGGUCAGCUGCACUGGGCCGGGAGCGGAUGAAUGCGUGGAAUGUGCAAACUUUAAAGAUGGCCCGCACUGUGUGUCAUCCUGUCCUAAUGGCGUGAUGGGUGAAAGGGGCCUCAUCUUUAAAUACCCCAAUCUAACGAAGAACUGUGAGCCGUGCCACAUUAACUGUUCACAAGGGUGCUCAGGUCCAGACAUUACAGACUGCCUGGAAAGUAGACGACAUUCCAGCCUACCCACUACGGGUAUUGUGGUUGGCGUCCUUGUAGGGGUAUUCCUUGUAUUUGCCAUCUUUGUGUUGGGUAUGCUGCACCACCGUGGCCGGGCUAUCCGCCGCAAGAGAGCCAUGCGGAGAUACCUGGAGAGUGGUGAGACUUUUGAGCCACUGGAACCAGGUGAGAAGGGGACAAAGGUUCAUGCCCGCAUCCUGAAAGUCUCAGAGCUGCGCAAGAUCAAGGUUCUGGGAACAGGUAUCUUUGGAACAGUGCACAAGGGGGUGUGGAUUCCUGAGGGCGACACCAUAAAGAUUCCAGUGGCUAUUAAAACCAUCCAGGACCGAACUGGCCGGCAGACCUUUACUGAGAUCACAGAUCACAUGCUGGCAAUGGGAAGCCUUGAUAACCCUUAUAUAGUACGGCUGCUGGGGAUCUGUCCUGGGACAUCUCUGCAGCUGGUCACGCAGCUCAGCGCACAGCGAUCUUUGCUGGAGCACAUCAGACAGUGCAAGGGCAAUCUGAACCCCCAGCGACUUCUCAACUGGUGUGUGCAGAUUGCCAAGGGGAUGUAUUACCUUGAAGAGCACUGCAUGGUGCACAGGAACUUGGCUGCACGCAAUGUCCUGCUCAAAAGUGACUACGUUGUCCAGAUCUCUGACUAUGGCAUUGCAGACCUGCUUUACCCUGAUGAUAAAAAGUACCUCUACAAUGAGGUCAAGAUGCCAAUCAAAUGGAUGGCCCUGGAGAGCAUCUUCUUCCGGAAGUAUACGCACCAGAGUGACGUCUGGAGCUAUGGAGUGACUGUGUGGGAGAUGAUGUCAUCUGGGGCAGAACCUUAUGCGUCAGUACGUCCCCAAGAUGUUCCAGAUCUGUUGGAGAAGGGGGAGCGUCUGUCACAACCACCCAUCUGCACCAUUGAUGUCUACAUGGUCAUGGUCAAGUGCUGGAUGAUUGACGAGAGCGUCCGACCCACCUUUAAAGAACUGGCCAGUGAGUUCUCUCGGAUGGCAAGAGAUCCACUCCGGUACCUUGUUAUUAAGACAAACAGCAACCAGGCAGAUGUGCCCACAGAUGAGCAACAUCACAAUAAGCAUGAGCUGGAAGAUCUGGAUGCAGAAAUUGAGAACCAGGAAGAAGAGGAUUUGGAUGAUGCCAUAGCUACAAGCUCUCUCUACUUGCCUCCAACAUGGAGCCAUUCUCGGCUUCGUAUAGACUCCCAUAGGAGCAUAAAUGCUCAUUGUGGCCAGGCUGGAUACCUGCCCAUGACUCCAGGUGCAGGUGACAAUCCCAGACAGCUGCGGCAACCUCGCUCUCGGCUCAAUUCUGCGCGGACAGUGUCGGAGAGCUCAGAGGGCCGUGGUACGCUGCUGGAGCCAGAGGUUGAGCCAAGUGAGGACUCUUCCUUGACUGGUAGCCUGCGCAGGGGCCGCUGCCGCACGGACAGCGCGUACAUGUCUGGUGCUCCGGAGACGCCUUCCCCUCAUUCAGAAGGGGAGGAAGACCACAAUGGAUACGUGUUGCCGGGGAUAUCUGACAGUCCCGAGAGAGAAGGAUUCUCAGCCUUGCGAAACACUCUGCCAUAUGUAAGAGGCUGUAAGAGAGCAGCCUCUCUGCUAGAAAGCGCUGGUGAUGGGGAGUGUGGCUCAGAGGAGUAUGAGUACAUGAACAAACAGACAUGCCUUUUCUCGUCGUCAACUAAUCAGCUUGAGGAUGGAUCACAAAGGAGUAAAAGAAGCCUCUCCCCAAUCGGCAGCACAGGCUUCUCUCCAGGAGAGGGAGACACAGAGCAGAGCUGCAGGAAAUGGAUGGCCUCUGGUGGCAACACCACUGAGGCGCUGAGAAUGAGUGCGUCUGAGAGGGAAGCUACAGGUGGACACGGUGAUAACCGGUCACCAAUGAAAGGGAACAGGAGAUGGAAAGGAGAGGUGUCAGGUGCAGAUAUCUCUGACAGUGGGACAGAACAGCCACCAGGUCGAGAGUCUGAAAAUGUGGAGUACCAGUACAUGGACAUCUGUGAUGCAGGAGCUGCCCGAAGCCCAACUCUGGGCGCUGUUUUAAAGAGGAGCAGUAGCAUUGCAGCAGGAGAAUCGGGACAAGGACUCGGAGUGGAGAGCAAAAGAGAAGAGGAGGACCUUAAAGCAAGCGAAGAAGAAGAGUACCAGUAUAUGAACCAGCAGCCCAGACUUAGCAGAACCUUGCAAAUGAGAGACAGCAGAGACCUGGAUGGAUAUGAGUAUGAAGAGAUGGGCUCAGUGAGAAUGAAAGGGGACCAAGUGGAAUACCAAAAUGUCAAGAUGAACACUGGGGGGGAGGCUGGUUCUGGGGACAUUAGGCGUUCAGAGCUGGCAGGGUACUUGAAGGUGAGUGAGCCAGGGAGGGACAGAUCGUUUAAUAACCCAAGCUACUGGCACAGUAGAAUGUUCGUUAAGCCUGACGCUGUCCGCACGUAACGUCAGGAGGGCCAGGCAUAGAGGCAACAAGGGAGACUGGAACAAGCAAUCAAUUUCUUUAUUACUUUGAAGCAGCUCAUUAAUUCAGUCAAUGUGUGAGGCAUUACAGUUGUUUUUAUUUUCAUACAGCUACUGAAAUGAAUGAAGGACUGGGAAAAUCUACCCAGCAUAUCUGACCUCUGUUUAUGCAGUUUACAGGGUUUAAGUCACUCAGUGCGUUUCAAUGAAGUGCAUUAGAGAGUAAGGAGGAAAAUCAGACAUGGAAUAUAGAGCCAGUUAACAAUUGUUUUCUGAAACGAUCAAAUUGUAAUGUUGAAUCUUUUGUAAACGUUUUAUUUCAACUUGUAUUAUAGUGGUUAUACAAAAAUACAUUUUUUAUAGAAUAAAAUUUCUAAAGAAAUA